UCUUCCCUUCGAGCCAUCAACCUAAGCAUCUUUCAUUCUUCUUUACGAAGCAUUUGCAGGCAGCAAAGAAAUGGACGCUGAAGAAGCCUUAGAGCCUCUUAAAUACCAGACAUGGGAGCUGAAGGUCUAUAUUCACUGUGAAGGUUGCAAGAAGAAGGUGAAAAAGGUUCUGCAAUCUGUUGAUGGGGUUUAUAAGACUACUAUAGAUUCAACUCAACAGAAGGUCAUAGUAACCGGAAACGUAGAUGCAGAUACCCUCAUUAAAAAGCUUCUAAAAUCGGGAAAACAUGCCGAACUGUGGCAAAAGAAGGAAGAUAACACCCCAAAGAAACAAUCAAACAAAUCAGAGAAGAAGAAAGGCAAAGACCCAUCAGAAGGUUCCAAUGGAAAACCCAAUACAACUGAAAAUUGGGGCAAAGAGAAGGGGAAAAACAAUGAGAAGUCCCAUGAAAACAACCAAGAAGCUGUUAAAAAUGGUAGUUCUCCGGCAAAAACACCAGAUUCAAACAAUGACAAACCCAAGAAACAAGCUGAUGAUGAAAAGCCAAUCACCGGAAAUGCAAAUAAGACCACUGGAAAUGGUGGAGAAGGUGGUGGCGGUGGUGGUGGUGGUGGUGGUGGUGGUGGCGGCGGCGGCGGUGCGGUGGCGGUGGCGGUGCCGGUGCCGGUGGUGGUGGUGGUGGUGGUGGUGGUGGUAAAAAGAAAGGCAAAAAAAAAAGUGAACAUAGCUAAUGGGGGCGAAAAUGAAAAUUCCAGUGGCCAUGGGGCUGCAAGCAACAAUACAGGUGAAAAUCUCAAAGCAAAGAGAGAAGGUGGUGAAGAUUCCAGCGAUAAUGUCAAUGGAAAGAAUGGUGGUGGUGAAAUUCCCAGCGAAAAUUUCAGUGGGAAAAGAGGUGGUGGUGAAAAUUCCGGUGAAAAUUUCAGUGGAAAGAGAGGGGUGGGCGAGAAUUCCGGCAGGAACGAUGGCGAAGUUGAAAUCCCGGCCGCUAUGGCGGCGCAUUAUGGUAGUCCAUACCAACCUCCACACCAACCUCUCUACGAUCCACUCCCGCCAGUUGUGGCUGUGAACUACAAUAUGGCAGUUCCCCGCCCCAGCUCUUAUGUGGUCUGGAAUGGUGCUCGGCAGGAAUCAUACCCACCACCAAUGCCGGAUUAUUAUACACCGCGUUCAGUGGGUCAUACUCCACCGGAUUCGUACUCACAUGAUUACUAUACACCACCUCAUCCCCAUGGUUACUAUACCCCACCUCCAAGUAACGAUUUCUUUAGCGACGAGAAUGCGAAUGGGUGUAGGGUCAUGUGAGUGUAGAUCAUGCUGGAAAGUUGCUUUUCGGGCCUCUUGGGUAUCAUUUUGUGGUGGGCCAUAGCCUUGGUUUUUUGUAUGUGUGGUGAAAGGAAGUGGGAGUACAGUAGGGAGUAUGCUAGGGUGAUUGUAGUUUGUACUUAAAACUUUAAAUUUGCCGUAAGUUUAACAAUGGUAGAGUGGAAGGCUCUUGUAUUUUUUGUAUUGUGUUCAGGUAUCGUUGGAGAAUAAAAAUGUCUUUUGGGGGUGGGACUUAUGUGAAA